GAACAACAUGAGAAAAAACUAGAAAAACAGCGCACAGAAAAUCUAAAUAAAUGGAGAAAAGACAAACAAGUCAAGAAAAACAGAAAAAUGAUACAAGACUUGGCCGAAAAAUUCAAGUAUAAGACAAAAGAAAUGUUUAGAAAAUUGGCAAGGAAAAAGAAAGAAAACCAGAAACAACUAAUAAAGACGGAAGCAAAGAAAACUAUAGGAAAAGAUAUAGAAAGGAUUAAAAUAGAAAAAGUCUUAGAAAGAAUUAAUAUGGAAACACAACACAAUAUAAUUAGAACAAAGCAAAAUAUGGUUUAUGAGGAAAUAUUGGAUACAGGAAGUAUAGAAAAAAUACAGAAGUUACAAAGGGUCUUAAAGAAGCUGCGAAAGAAACAAGAAGACUGGGAUUUCAUUAUAGGAAGCAACAACAAAAUAGAAAAAAUUUUGAAAAACCUAGAGCCCAGCACAAAAGGAAAGACAGCAAAGUAA